AUGUCCAUGUUCCGAUCGAAGAAGCUAGACCUUGGUGGUUUUGUCAACAUCAAGGUCAUCCGCGACCACACCAAGCGCAAAGUCUUCGAGCAGAACGAGACCGAGAGACAAGCACUUCGCUACAUCAUCCGCAACACACUUCUGCCACAACGCGCGCGCGCUCAGGCUCAACUGCAAUUGUCGCAAAUGCACUGCUACACCCGCCCCACCCAGAUCAAGAACAGAUGCAUUGCUGGAGGCAAGGGAAAGGGUGUUUUCCGUGACUUCCGCAUGGCAAGAUACCAAUUCCGUAUGCACGCUUUGGCUGGCCAACUGCCUGGUGUGAAGAAGGCCAGCUGGUAG